UGGAGGGUACACGUUAGGGCGGAACGCGGACCGCCUACGGGAUUUCUCUCGUAACUGACUUGUAAUUUUGCGACCGAACCGCUAAUGCUGUAAGUGUAUUGUGUUGUGUAAUUGCUGAAAUGUGAACGGACUCGCUAACUGUUUUGUUGGAUUGAAUGAGAUGAGGGAGAAAAUAGAAAUAUGAUCACACAUAGAGUGAAAUUACGGAUUCAUACAAAGUGGUUGUAGGUGUCGUCAUGGACUUCCUGAAAUUGGUGACGUCUCUUUUGGGACUAUUAUUUUGUGGUCCCGUUAAUGGAGGACUAAGUGACGAUUACAUGGGAAGCGGUGAAGCACCAUACAUCAUCGAACAACCGCUCGAUGUCACCGUAGCAAAACACCAACCAGCCACGUUAAACUGCAGAGCUGGUGGCUCACCAUCGCCAACAAUACGAUGGUACAAGGGCGGCGUGCUUGUUGUAUCUGAUACACAUAGAAGCUUGUUGCCUGCUGGUGGCCUGUUCUUUCUAAGGGCGACGCAUGGUCGUGCACACUCUGACGCUGGCGUGUAUUGGUGUGAAGCCACUAAUCCUUAUGGUACUGCUAGAAGUCGGAAUGCAACGCUACAUGUAGCCGUUCUCCGAGAAGAAUUUCGUUUGGAACCUGUAACCACACAAACGGCACAAGGAGACACUGUGAUUCUAGAAUGUUCACCGCCUCGCGGUUCUCCAGAACCAACGGUAUAUUGGAAAAAGGACGGACAUAUACUUCACUUUGAUGUAGACUCAAGAAUGCAUUUGGUGGACGGAGGAAGUCUGGUUAUACAAGAUGCGAGACAGACAGAUGCUGGGAAGUACCAAUGUAUCGCAAGAAAUGCUGCUGGUACAAGAGAAUCAACUACAGCAACGCUAAGAGUUCAUAUUAAACCGUAUUGGAUUGCGGGGCCCGAAGACGUCGUCGCUCAUACCGGGGAGAGCGUGUUGUUUCACUGCAGAGUGGGUGGGGACCCUUUACCCGAUGUGUUGUGGAGGAGAACCGCCGGCAGUGGGAACAUGCCACUCGGCCGCGUCAAACUCUUGGACGACAGAAGCCUGAGGCUCGAUGGCGUGGUUUUAGCAGACGAGGGGGAAUACACUUGUGAAGCUGACAAUGCAGUCGGAACUGUCAGCGCUAGCGGGUAUUUGACGGUGUACGACCCUCCAUCAGUAACACUAAAACCAAAUUCAGUGAUUGUUGAAAGCGGAACAAGUGCAACAUUUACAUGCACUGCCACCGGAAAGCCUGAACCAACUCUUUUUUGGAGUUUAGAAGGAAAUAGAACAAUUAUGUUUCCCGGUACAUCGAGGGAUAAAUAUCACGCAUCACCCGUUAUAGACGGGGUGACAACACUAACAAUAAACGGAACAAAUAAAAAUGAUAGCGGUAAUACAAUAGUUUGUUCAGCGGUCAACUUCGCUGGCAGUUCGCUCGUUAGAGGAAAAAUAACUGUGACGUCAGACGAUGACCGGCCACCGCCAAUAAUAACAAAUGGCCCCUCUAAUCAAACGUUACCUUUUAAGUCCGAAGCCGAGUUCCCCUGUAAAGCUAUAGGUACACCUGAGCCAAUCAUUGCAUGGUAUUUCGAAGGGGAAGCAUUAAUACAGAAUCAUAGAAGAUAUAUUUCCAGUGAUGGAACAUUAGUCAUAAAAGAUUUGGGUAGGACCGACAACGGAACUUAUACAUGUGUUGCUUCGUCACCUCACGGCAAAUACGUUUGGAGUGGUGUCCUGACUGUUGAUAACCCCAAAAAUCCAAAUAUUAAUUUCUUCAGAGCUGCUGAUGUAUCAGCCUUACCAGGUCCUCCCACAAAACCACAUGUACAUAAUAUAACAAACAAUAGCGUUAUUUUAACAUGGAAUCAAAAUAAUAAAAUUGGGUCAUCCUCCAUACUCGGAUAUCAAGUUGAAGUAUUCUCUAGGGAAACACUAUCAGGAAGUAAUACUCCAAGAAACUCAAGAGGCUGGGUUGUUGUUGCUAAGAAAAUAUAUCAAACCCAUUACGUAGUCAGAUCGUUGAUUCCUGGAGUGACAUAUAUGUUUAUAGUGAGAGCCGAAAAUUCACACGGUUUGUCUGGACCAAGUUCCGUUUCAGAUGCUGUGACGUUAGGGGAAGAUGCAUCUAUAUGGAGUAAUGGCCCAUACUCAAAUAAUACUGAAUACAGAAAAAAUAUUAUGACUGAUAGUAUAGUUGAGCUCAGAGAAGCAACUGCAAUAGACGCUACAACAAUAAAACUUAUGUGGGCAGUAUUAAAUUUCUUUUACUUGGAAGGAUUAUUUAUAUACUACAGACCCUUGGAUAAUUCAACGACUGAAUAUGAAAUGAAAACUAUUUUACAUUCCAAUGAUGUAUCGGGAUACGAAAUUACGUCGUUACGAAAAUAUAUGCGAUACGAAUUUUUUCUGGUGCCUUUUUAUAAGAAAUUUGAAGGCAAACCCUCAAAUUCAAAAGUUGCUCAAACAUUGGAUGACGUGCCGGAUGGUCCUCCAACAAAUAUAGAAAUGUUCAUUGUCAAUAUGACUACGGUUCACUUGAAAUGGCAACCUCCCGAAUUUCACCUACAAAACGGAGUUAUUACUGGUUACAAUGUAGUGGUUAAUUGGCUGGAUAUACCCGCGAACAAGUCAAUGAUUGCAAUUAACACCACCGUUCAGCAAGCGACCAGUCUCAUUAUGACAAAUUUAACGUCUGGUGUGAGUUAUUCAGUGCAGAUCGCAGCAGAAACUAUUGUUGGCUUGGGACCUUUUAGUCAAAAAGUGUAUCUUAAUAUUGAUUCAAGAACAAUCGGAUUAGAUCCUCUAUCCAGAUAUCCUAACAACGGAGAAGUAUCUAUUGUUGCGGGAGACUUUGUACUUGAGUCGUGGUUUUAUUUUUUAAUUGGAGCUAUCGUGCUUUUCAAAGUUAUAAUGGUUGCUGGCAUCAUCUACAUUCGUAAAAAUAACAUUUUUGCGAAAAAAUCUGCUCUUCCCAAUAUAUACGAUUCUAAUGGAACUAGUUUAGUGACCCAAAUGAAUAUAAAAGCAGCGGUUUCAUUGUCUCAUCCAUUAAGUAGCUGCUAUAAUAAAAAUUCAGUUACUAAAACUGAGUCAUUAUUGUGGAUGGAGAAUCAGCCUGGUAUAUGCAUGUCCACUAAUCAAUCCAACCAAAGCAAGGACAAGACAAAUUCCGAAUAUGAUAAGGUUGCCCAUCCUCUGCCAGAGUAUGCAGAGGUGACAGCAUCCAGAGUUAAUGGCAAUGAAUGGAAUACAAGUAAAACUGCUACAUCUCCCGCCGCAUAUGCUUCCGUGACACUUGUAGCCAAUACAAGACAAUGUGUUAGCUCUUUGGGUUGGUUUCCACCGGGUGGCAAAAAUGUCGAUAACUUUGAUUCUCGCUACGCUCCCGAUGAAGAACUCUAUCCGGCAAGCAAUGGAGGUUACUAUAAUAGAAAUGUAUACAGCGAAAAAUACUUCCAAGGACAUCAUAAUGUCCUUAAAUUUUAUGACAUUCCUUCCUUAGAAAAAACACAAAAGGCCCAAAUACGAUACAAUCAGAGCCUUGAAGAUCGCAAAAGCGAUAAAAACGUAAACAUCGAUGUUACCCAAUCCUUGAUUGGUCGAACGUACGGAAUAAAUUCAAGGAAGAAUUCUGAAUCGGAAUCAACGUAUAGAGCGUUCGGCGAGGACGAAUCUGACGACGAGAAUUAUGCGGAAGACAAUGGCUAUGAUGAAUUGCAGGCUAUGCAACCACAAAAGCAACGACCUAAACAUCAAUACGAAAGGCCUAAUUUCGACAACGAUGGGACGCGGACUUUAUCAAGAUUUACCUCGUUCAGGCACGCCCAGAAUGUUCUAAAUGGUACGACGCAAACGCCUAUUGCGUCCACUCACUCUGCCCCUUCGUCGCAUCCACGAGUAGACUCAGUGACGCGGUAGUAUCACGCUUUGCCGGUUUUCGGCGACUUGUGCCAAACAGACGUAUAAUCGACGUGAACAAUGUUAUAAGUGAAAAAGCUAAUACGGUUUUUCCUUACGCUUAUAUUAUGAACUCUUGGAUUUCCGUCGGUUUUUAAACAUAUUGUGCAGAAGUGAUAAUAUGUGUAUAAAAGACUGUUUAUUACGCGUUUCUUUGGCCUAUUAUUAAAUUUGUGGCACUAAUUUGAUAUCACUAAAAAUCUUAUAGAUUUAUUUAUAUUUCGUGGAACUUUAACUAGUCUAUUGUUAUGUAUAUCCUGUGUACAUAAUUUUGUAAAUAGUGUAUAUAUAAAUUAAUUAUGAAUAUUAUUAAAAAUAAACGUUUAUUGGACUAUUAUGGGGAUUGAUCAAAUUUAUGUGUCCGUCUGUAUAUCAAUAAACGAAUUUGUAAUCAUAUAUAUAUCAUUAGAUUAGGAUUUCGUUAGACACUGGAAAAAUGAACGCUUGGCAAUAAUUUGAGGUAACCUAAUAUUAAUAGUGUAAAUAUAGACAUGAAUACUAUAGAGGCAGACCGUUUACAAACAGUAGCUGUAACUAGAAUGCGAUUGAAGUGUGACUAGACUAAAAGUGAAGGUAGUUUGAAAUUUUACACAAGUAUUAGCGCAGUUAGGAUUUCAAAUAAUAAAGUAUACUUUAUGGUAAAGCACAAAUUGACUUGAUAUUAGACUUCGUAAUAUAUUUCGUUGAUAGCUAGCGGUACUCGAUUUAGUUUUAUUUAAUGUGCCAUAAGAUUCCUGGAUAAGAACACAGUAACAUUCGAGUUGUGAAGAAAAUUCAAAUGAUGCUUUUACAAAAAGAUGUUUAAAUCUACGUAAGUUAAUGUGAUAUGAGUUAUAUUAUAAUCACUUGUUAUUAAAACAAAUAGCACGAUUUGUAUUGCAUAUCAUGUAUUUAGGUAAUAAUAAAUAAUGAAGUGUUAAUUACGUAGGCUUUGAGAUUUAUUAUUUAUAGUAUUAUAAGCCUAAAAUUUAACAGCAACUAUUAUUGUAUUAUUUAAAAUGUUUGCA